UUGUACUCACGCAGAAAAAUAAAUUGUAAACAUAAUUAAAUUCUAGUUCAAAUCAACCGAUUUUUCAGUUUACUAUAGCGACAAAUUGAUUUCUAGUUUAAACUGAACUGUUGCAUUGUUUGAUAAUACAAAUGUUUUCAUUUGACGAAAUUUUUCACAGUUUGUUAGAACAAACACAGAUUUGGUAGUUUCAACCUAAAAUAACAGAUUGUUUUAAACGACUGCACUUUUGUGACUAACAAAGCCGGAAUGUUGUCCGUGUAGCUGCCGGCUUAGAAUAGCACUACGGACCACCUGUUCCGGGGGUAAAAGUCCACCAAACAGGUAACCCCAAUCCAAGGUGUCAGGCGACCCGUGCUGAGGGAUGAAUGGUUGAGGGGGUUUAAAACAUGCUCGAUCUUUAACGGAGCCCGUAGCGUGGGUAGAUCGCCUUUUUGGGUUGCGUUGCGGGGUUAGAUCUACCAAACCGAAAUCUAGUGUCGUCCUAUUUUUCAAUUUUGGAAUAUGUGUUCUGAUAAUUAUAGGCAUUAUAGUAUUUAGUCCUUGCUACUGGUGUUGUGAUGACUUCCAGUCUUUGAAUAAAACUAAGUUUACCAACUUUACUUUGCAUAUAGUUAAAAACCUCACCAUCUGAGGCUAAACUCAAUGCAAAGGAAAUCAAAUUGGGUUAGGGAUCCAUGUAUGUACUAACUCUUCGAAGACUGGAAAGUGCUAGUACGCAAGGAACAUACUAGAAUCCUUAUUACUGAACACAUAUCCCAUUAUUGGAAUGAUAUUGCUGCUAAUGUUAAAACCCGGGUCCUAAACCUGGGGAGAAUUUAGCAGUAAAACUAGGGUGAUGCUAGGUUUCCGAUGCAUGGCCAAUAUCAGUACUCUUGUUUUGUUUUCUAAGAAAACAAAACAAAAACUGUAUCAAAAUCGAUACUUUAUUGCCCCUCAAUGGCAAUUGAGUAAUGCGACAUGCACUACACUAAGGAUACGGGUAAUGUCACUAUUAAUAGAUCUAAAAACUGGUCGCAGUGACAAACCCGAACAGGAAUAAAAAAAUAAAAAAUAAAAAAAAGCCGGAAUGUGAUUGUGUUGGUGACGGCAGCUCCUGCGGCAGCUCGGAAAUCUAUUUUUAGACCGUCGGUGAGCGGAUGGAGAGGAGAACGACUAAGAAAAAAGACAAAAAGGCGAAGCCGAUCAACUUUUUGUGGAUGCUGUCGUGAGUACCAGCGCGUUAUCCAUCACGACCAAAGCUGCACUUGGAAGUUGGCGUGAUGGAUUUGCUGCACCUUCUUCGUUGUGGCGAUGUUGGGGUAAGCAUUUUAUAGGUGUGUGAGUGCUUUCGGACCAUGUUUAUGGUUUUUAUUUUGUUGAAACAAAUGACAUUUUUGACAUUAUAUGAAAUGAUGAUAAUCGGUUGUUUUUAUCGAUAAACUCUAAAUGAAAACAAUUAAAUAUAACUUUGGAAUAAGUAAAUUCUCAGUUUGAAAAUCAACCAUGCGUUUUAUUGUUUUAAACAAGCGCCAUUUUUCUGCGUGCUCGACAUUUUUGAUGAAUAAUGAAAAUGUGCUAAUAACACUCUUAUUUUGUUUUACCAGGAAAACUACGAAAAUUCCAUACUUUUUACACAAAGUAGUCAACAAAACUGAAUUUCAAACGAAAACCUCUAGUUUUUUAGCCUUGAAAUGUUCGUAGCAGUUUGGGGGACAUACUUGAAGAAUAAUAGUGAUGUUUUCAUUACACUCAAAUUUUGAUUUACUCAAAAAUCAACGAAAGUACCACAUUUUUCACGCAAAGUGGGUAACAAAAAUAAUGACUUACAAUGCAAAGUAGUUUUUUUACCUUUAAAUUGUUCGUGAAAGCGUACUGGACUCAUCAAGAACGAGUAAUAGUGAUGUUUACAUGACACACUUAAUUUACUUUACUCGAAAAGCUACAAAAAUAUCAUAAUUUUCAUACAAAACUGUCAAUAAAACAAAAUUUAAAGUCAUAAUAUGUAGUUGUAUAGCCUUAAAUUUUCCGUUACAAUGUAUUGGACCUGUUUUUGGUAAAAUGUUGAUGUUUACGUUACACUUAUAUUUUGUUUUAUAAAAAAAUGUACGAAAAUACCACAAAAAAGCGAAUAAGCCAAAAUUUAAGGUAAUGUUAUGUAGUUAUUCAACUUUGAAUUUAUCGUAGUAGUUUAGUGGAUUUAUUUGAACAACCCUAGUGAACUUUUUAUUACACUCAUAUUUUAUUUCACUCAGAAUACUAGGAAAAUACCAUAUUUUUCACACAAAGUAGUCAACAAAUAAAAAUAUAAGGCAAUGCAUUCUGGUUUUGGAACUGGGAAAUCUCGGAAAAAAAGCUCUGGUAGGAAAUAUUUAGAAAAUUCAUGAAAGAACUUUACAAAUCUCUUAGAGAAAUCCCGGGAGAAACUCCGGAUAAAAACCAGCAAAGAAAUUCAGGAGAAAUAUCGGAAAACUCUUUGGCAGAAAUUCCAGAAGUAAUUAUCUUAAAUCUCUAAAAAAUAUCAAAAAAAAAAAAAACACGGAAGGUACUAUUAAUGGGAGCAAAUAAAAGAAAAACACUUUGCAUGGGAACUAGGAUGGAAACUUGAGAGAACUGGAGAAAUCCAAAAAAAACUUCGAAAAUGCUCCAGGACAAAAUAUAAAAGAUUCGUGAAAAAAAUAUGAUAAUAUUCUAAAUGAUUCUUUGAUGGAUUCACUGAGAAAAUCUGUGGAAGGUUUACUGAAUGAAUCCUUGGAAAAAUUUAUCAAGCAAUCGCUAGAGGAGUUUCUGAUGAAAACCCAAAGAAAUAAUUCACGGAAACAUUUCAAAAGUUUUCUAAAAGAAUUCCCCGAAGAAAAGAAGCCCUAAAUAAAUUCCGCAUGCAUCCUUGAUGUUUUUGAAAAUAUCCCUGAAGGAAUCUCUGGAAUAUUUUUGAAAGAUUUUUGAAAAAAACUCACGACAAAAUAUUUUGAAAGAAUCUUUGAAAGAUAUCCUAUAAUAUGAAUGCACCUUUUGGGAAAUUUCUGAAAAACAAAUGUAUAUAGUAGAGUUUCUGAAGCAAUACCGUAAAACGGGGUAGCUUUGAUAGUUUUUCAGCAAAUUUCCCUAAUAUUAUUCCAUGUAUUUUUCCUGAUUUAAUAAUUUUAAAACAAAUACAGGCGUCUCAGUUAUAAUUGCAAUUUUUUUCAUAUGAGCGAAAAUCACAUUUUCAUUUUGGAGAAACUUUGAUAGUGCUCUGAAAAACAUAUUAAAUCCCAAAAAAUAUUACAGAUUGCAACGCAAAGAGUAUCAGUAUGAUGGGAAAAGCCGUAUGAAACAUGUUAGGUUAAUUUAUUGUAUCAAAACAUGAAUAAUUUUAUAAAAUUAUAAAUAACAAAGUGAGUCAGUACUCCACUUGAGUGAAAAUCUCAGUGCUUUUAGCUAUCAAAAAAAAAAUAUCUGUGUAAAAAGAUAUUUUUUAAGGUACAUCAACAUGUGACUAUAUGCUGCGCAUAGUAAGUUCUCUUCAUUUGAGUUGUUUUUGAUUUUUUAUGAACAAAUUUAGAAAACAACGAGUGUAAUUGAAAGAUCACUAUUGUUUAUCAAACAAGUAUAGUACUUUUUACAAUUAAUUUCAUGGCAAAAAAAAGCUAUAAUGCAUUGCCUUAUAUUUUUAUUUGUUAACUACUUUGUGUAAAAAAUGUGGUAUUUUCCUAGUAUUCCAAGUGAAAUAAAAUAUGAGUGUAAUAAAAAAUUCACAAGGGUUGUUCACAUAAAUCCACUUAACUACUACGAUAAAUUCAAAGUUGAAUAACUACAUAUCAUUACCUUAAAUUUUGGCUUAUUCGCUUUUUUGUGGUAUUUCCGUACAUUUUUUUAUAAAACAAAAUAUAAGUGUAACGUAAACAUCAACAUUUUAUCAAAAACAGGUCCAAUACAUUGUAACGGAAAAUUUAAGGCCAUACAACUACAUAUUAUGGCUUUAAAUUUUGUUUUAUUGACAGUUUUGUAUGAAAAUUAUGAUAUUUUUGUAACUUUUCGAGUAAAAUAAAUCAAGUGUGUAUUGAAAACAUCACUAUUACUCAUCAAGAACGUCCAAUACGCUUUCACGAAUAAUUUAAAGGUAAAAAACUACUUUGCAUUGUAAGCCAUUAUUUUUGUUAACCACUUUGCGUGAAAAAUGUGGUACUUUCGUUGAUUUUUGAGUGAACCAAAAUUUGAGUGUAAUGAAAACAUCACUAUUAUUCUUCAAGUAUGUCCCCCAAACAACUACGAACAUUUCAAGGCUAAAAAACUAGAUGUUCUCGUUUGAAAUUUAGUUUUGUCGACUACUUUGUGUAAAAAGUAUGGAAUUUUCAUAGUUUUCCUGGUAAAACAAAAUAAGAGUGUUAUGAGCACAUUUUCAUUGUUCAUCAAAAAUGUCGAGUACAAUCCUACGAACAAUUUAAGACCAAUAAAACUAUAUGACAUCGCUUUGAAUUUUGAUUUAUUGCUUAUUUUAUGUGAAAAAUUGUGAGUAAGGUAAAAUAUCAGUGUACUGAAAAAUCACUAAUUUUGCAUAAACAUGUUCACUCCAGCUGUACGCAUGAUUUAGAGUCGAAAAAACCAUAUGUCAUCGCUUUAAAUUUUGUUUUAUUGAUCAAUGUGCGCAAAAAAUGCGCUCUCAAAAAAACUAGGAAGUGCCUUUUACCUAAUAACUUUGGGUAGACGCAUCUAUUUUAUAUUUUUUUAAAUGGACGAUGAUCUUGAAACCUGUCCGGUUCCAUCGCAAAAAAAAGUUUUAAAAUCGGUUGAAAAACGGCCGAGAAAUGCCUUGAGUCGGUUUUCUCGGUAGGGUGAUGGAAGUGCGAGUGAAAAAUCCGGGUUCAGAAUCGCGCUACAAUAUUCGUUGGUCAGUCGGUUUUCUCGGUAGGGCGAUGGAAGUGCGAGUGAAAAAUCCGGGUUCAGAAUCGCGCUACAAUAUUCGUUGGUCAGUCGGUUUUCUCGGUAGGGCGAUGGAAGCGCGAGUGAAAAACCCGGGUUCAGAAUCGCGCUACAAUAUUCGUUGGUCAGUCGGUUUUCUCGAUAGGGCGAUGGAAGUGCGAGUGAAAAAUCCGGGAUCAGAAUCGCGCUACAAUAUUCGUUGGUCAGUCGGUUUCCACGGUAGGGCGAUGGAAACGCGAGCACGAAAUCCGGGAUCAGUGGUCAUCGUGAUCAAAUAAAUCAUAAUCGUGACGAAGACCGCGACGUGUAUUUCCAUAUAACUAGUGGAUCGUAUCACCUAACAGAGGUGACUCCUAGAUCCACACCUUACCCUACCCUACUAACCACCAUUCCUUCCCGUGACAACUGUGGGGAUGCUGUGGAUUCCACGGUUUCUAGUAGCAACGGUUGUCGAACUAACAUUCCUUCCCUUUCCUGAUGACCGUAAGGACGUGGCCAGCGCCGUUAUUGACUUUAAAUAGCUGAACUCUCGAAUUGUGCACAUUGAGAAUGGUUAGCUAGUCCCAAGCUUUCACAUUCAUUGGCUCUCUGUGCAACUUCGAUUGUUCUGGUCAAUCACGGAGUAGCAACUACGAUGUGUACGGUUAUCUUUGCUUUGCUUUGCUUGCUUGAAAAACGGCCGAGAAAUGCCUUGUCAAAGUUGGACUUCCGACUUUUUUUGGACCCUUGGUAGUUCGCGGGAGUUUUUACCCCUCAGUAGUUUAAGUGUUAAAUAUUAUCUUCUUACUAAAUUUACAUAUGCCAUCAAAUUCUCGAUAGUAAAAAUAAAUAUUUGUAAUACGUUUAUUGUCGAUUGCAAUACCGGUGAAACAACGCCUUCCUACAAACGAUAAACAUGUUCAUUUGGCUCACACUUUGACAGUUCUCUCUGCUCGAUUGGCUCACAAUGGCCGCCUCUGCACAUCUCUAUAAUGUAGGAUUACUAGAGAAAACAACCUACAUUCAAACUAAGUGCAGAAAGCACAUAUAUUACGAACGAGAGAGAAAAAAAAUCGUUCUAAGUGCAACUAAUGCAAAUUAAAAGCUACAUUAUUAUAUUUUAUUCUUCCUAUAACAUAUUUAGAAUGGGGCAACAUAAAAAGCAACCCGGUCAACAUAAAAUCCAAACACAAACAUAACAAACUGAAUCGAACAUGGCGCGCUCAGGAAGACGGAAUAUUGAAAACAAAAUCUUUUCCAUGCGUGGUACUCCAUCACCCGAGUCGCUUCUUGUUUUUUAAGGUAAGUAGUACGAUUUUCAAGCUGCCGGAUCCUAGAUCGAAUGCAGCUGCGAUGAGGAUGUGUUUUUUGAUCGGCUAACAGUUUGUUAGGGUCUCAAUUGAUCACUUAAGUGUUAAGUUUAACAAAUAAAAUUAAUUUGAUCGUAGACUAUGCGAAAUUUGGAUUUCUUUACAUUUUUAAGUUAAUCCCACUUGUAAAUUGUGUUAUUAUUCGUCAUAAUGAAAACUAUGCGCUGAACGAUUGGAAAUCAACAGCGAUGCACAUACAUUCUAUCAUGAUUGAAUCGACAAAGACUCAAUUGGGCUGCACUUAUUUUCAAAGUGUAAAAGCAAAUGGUAACAAUCUAAGUGUGGAACUUUAAAAUUUAAUAUGUUAUUGCCUCUGAGUGUAUGUCUUGAAUCGAGUAUAGUUCAGGACCAAUACUUAGGUUACUAAAUAACCUGCUUGAGUAGAUCUUAAGUCGAAUGUACGUUUCCGCCAUCGUCUCAAAUUUACGAGCUAUAAUAUCAAUAUCAUCAGCGAAACCAGGCAACUGAACGGGCUUCGUGAAAAUCGUCCCACUCUUGUUUAUCAUCGCACCCUCUAAUGCAAGUUGAACAACAAGCACGAAAGACCAUCACCUUGCCGUAACCCUCUGCGAGAUUCGAAGGGACUCGAAAGUUUCCCUGAUAUUCGAACUACGCACAUCACUCGAUCCAUCGUUGCCUUGAUUAACCCUUUUGUGGCCAGCAGAGUACACGGGUACCUUUUCCGAUUUCAAAUCUCGAUAUUUUUAUGAUUACUGAGAGAAGGAAGUUGAAACUCUGCUAGAUCUAAGAACUCGUGAAUAUAUAUCUACACGGACAGAAAAGCGUUCACAUUGAAACUAAAAUAACGUUUGUUGAAUAUAAACAUUGAAAUUCUUUUGAAAAUAUGUGAAUUCUUAUAGUUUCAAACAGAUUUGCUAAUUUAAAAUCUAUAUGGAAUUAUGUUUGAUUUAAAAAUCUAGUGCUUUGUGGCGACUCUUGUGGAAACUAACAUAUUUCAACUUUGUUUCUAAGUCAAUUCAACUGAGCAAUCCCUCGGCAUCGAAUAGGAUUGUAAAAACCACAAUAUUAACAUAAAAUCAAGCAGAGUAUUUUGUUGCAAAUGUUUUACUGAUAAAUCCCUUGGUCACUUCUGUCAAACCAAGCAGAAUGUUUUGUUUUAAAAAGCAUUUACAACUUUUUCAAUGCUGGAAAAUGGAUAGCUUUCAAAUUAUGCAAAGCUGUUGUACAUGAAAAGCAUAAUUGAAAAUUAAUUUGAAUUAGUGCGGCAUGCGUUAGACAAGGUAAGACCUUUGCGAAAAGUUGUAAAUUUGAUUAAUCAGGAGAUUUCCUGAUUUUUCUGUGAGAACAUUUUUUUUCUCUUUUUUAAUAUUACUAAUAACAACCUAGAGAAAAAAACAAGCAUGUUGUUUUCUAAUAAAUAUAUUAUUGAAAGUAAAAGAAAACUAUUUUUGACAGUACCAUAAUAUCGUAGAUGUCAAGCUUGACAUCCUCGUCAAAAGCCUGAAACUAUUGUUAUUUCAGUCAGAUUCCCGAAUGAGGAACAAUAAUACAGGAUUGUUAAAAAAAUCAUACAGGAUUGUAAAAACAAUCAUACAUUAUCAUUGUGGCCAAAACAAAGUUAAACUCCUUUUGAAUUUACGUCGAAUAUGGUUAUUAUAUGGGGGUGGAAGCUCAGGUAAAAUAUUAUCUCCUGGGCGCCCAUUAAAAACACCACCCCCGGCGAAGACUGGCGCUCGAGCCUAGCUAUUUAGCACUGUAGUUGGAGGAAAUGCCAAUGCAGAACCCGUAGCUUCCGAGAAGGUAAGCCCAGCUCCCUGGGUUAGUGGGUUGGUGUCAGGCCCUGCGAACCAGCCGUAAAAAAAGACUAGCACCGGAAAAUCAACAAGAGAAGAAUGCGAACCGAUACCAAUGGCGACGACCACAGCGAUGAAAAGGGACUUGCGAUUGGAAGCUCGGUACGUGAAACUGCAGAUCUCUCAACUUCAUCGGGAGCACCCGCAUACUCGCCGAUAUACUGAAGGACCGCGGGUUCGGAAUCGUAGCGCUGCAGGAGUUGUGUUGGACAGGAUCUAUGUUGCGAACGUUUAGAGGUAAUCAUACCAUCUACCAGAGUUGCGGCAACACACGUGAGCUGGGAACAGCUUUUAUAGUGAUGGGCGACAUGCAGAGGCGCGUUAUCGGUUGGUGGCCGAUCGACGAAAGAAUGUGCAGGUUGAGAAUCAAGGGCCGAUUCUUCAACAUUAGCAUAAUAAACGUGCACAGUCCUCACUCCGGAAGCACUGAUGAUGACAAAGACGCAUUUUACGCGCAGCUCGAACGCGAGUACGACCGCUGCCCAAACCACGACGUCACCAGCUGACGAACGAAAAUGGCCUACGCCUCAUCGAUUUCGCCGCCUCCAAGAACAUGGCCAUUCGUAGCACCUUCUUCCAGCACAGCCUCCCGUAUCGUUACACCUGGAGAUCACCACAACAAACGGAAUCGCAAAUCGACCACGUUCUGAUUGAUGGACGGCACUUCUCCGACAUUAUCGACGUCAGGACCUAUCGUGGCGCUAAUAUCGACGAGCACCUGAAUGGCGAAGAGAAUGUAGGCACGGAGGACCAAGGCAGCGGAGGAAAUGACUAUGUUGGUGCAGCAGAGGACGGGAACGAACCAACUCCCACGCUGAGGGAAGUUAAGGAUGCCAUCCACCAGCUCAAAAACAACAAAGCGGCUGGUAAGGACGGUAUCGCAGCAGAACUCAUCAAGAUGGGCCCGGAAAAGUUGGCCACCUGUCUGCACCAGUUAGUAGUCAAGAUCUGGGAAACUGAACAGCUACUGGAGGAGUGGAAGGAAGGGAUAAUCUGUCCCAUCCACAAGAAAGGCGACAAGUUAAUGUGUGAGAACUUUCGAGCGAUCACCGUUUUGAAUGCCGCCUACAAAGUGCUAUCCCAGAUCAUCUUCCGUCGUCUUUCACCUAAAGUAAAUGAGUUCGUGGGAAGUUACCAAGCCGGUUUCAUCGACGGCCGGUCGACAACGGACCAGAUCUUCACCGUACGGCAAAUCCUCCAGAAAUGCCGUGAAUACCAGGUCCCAACGCAUCACCUGUUCAUCGACUUCAAAGCGGCAUACGACAGUAUCGACCGCACAGAGCUAUGGAAAAUUAUGGACGAGAACAGCUUUCCCGGGAAGCUGACUAGACUGAUAAGAGCAACGAUGGACGGUGUGCAGAACAGCGUAAGGAUUUCGGGUGAGCUAUCCAGUUCAUUUGAAUCUCGACGGGGACUACGACAAGGUGAUGGACUUUCCUGCCUACUAUUCAACAUCGCUCUGGAAGGUGUUAUGCGACGAGCCGGGCUCAACAGCCGGAGUACGAUCUUCACGAAAUCCAGCCAAUUUGUCUGUUUUGCGGAUGACAUGGAUAUUAUUGCCAGAACAUUUGGAACGGUGGCAGAACAGUACACCCGCCUGAAAUGUGAAGCAGCAAAGGUCGGACUGGUGGUGAAUGCGGCUAAGACAAAGUACAUGCUGGUAGGUGGGACUGAGCGAGACAGGACAAGCCUUGGCAGCAAUGUUACGAUAGACGGGGAUACUUUCAAGGUGGUAGAAGAAUUCUUCUACCUCGGUUCCUUGCUAACGGCUGACAAUAACGUGAGCCGUGAAAUACGAAGGCGCAUCAUCAGUGGAAGUCGUGCCUACUAUGGGCUUCAGAAGAAACUGCGGUCAAAAAAGAUUCACCCCCGCACCAAAUGUACCAUGUACAAGACGUUAAUAAGACCGGUGGUUCUCUACGGACACGAGACAUGGACGAUGCUCGAGGAGGACCUGCAAGCACUCGGAGUUUUCGAGGGACGGGUGCUAAGGACGAUCUUCGGCGGUGUGCAGGAGAACGGUGUGUGGCGGAGAAGGAUGAACCACGAGCUCGCUGCACUUUACGGCGAACACAGUAUCCAGAAAGUGGCCAAAGCUGGAAGGAUACGGUGGGCAUGGCAUGUUGCAAGAAUGCCGGACAACCACCCUGCAAAGUUUGUGUUUGCUAACCAUCCGGUUGGUACAAGAAGGCGUGGAGCGCAGAGAGCACGAUGGGCGGACCAGGUGGAGCGUGAUCUGGCGAGUGUUGGGCGUGACCGAGGAUGGAGAGCUGCAGCUGCAAAUCGAGUAUUAUGGCGGCAAAUUGUUGAUUCAGUAUUAUCAUGAAUUUGAUGUGAACUAAAUAAAUGAAUGAAUGGUUAUUUUUACCGUAGAUUUUUGUAUGUAUUAAUGGGGUUGUCAGAAUUUCCAAGUAAGGAGGGGCAGGGGGAGGGGUUCCUGAUUUUUUUUAUUGCGUGGAAUGCCGGCAGGGUACACGGGUACCCACGAACCUGAAAUGAUCAUAAUUCCGUAAAUGUUUCACCGAUUUUAAAAACUUUUGGAUCAUUUAACUCAAAAACUCAUUAAUUGUCUUGAAAAUAUUUGGUUGCGCCGAUCUGAUGAAUGAAGUUUUCGAAAAAUCCGGAUUUUCGGGAGCAUGUUUUUAUACCAUAUUAAAUUCCACAUUGUUGAGCUUAGAAUACCGUAAAGUGGCCAUUGCCAGCCAUGGCCCCACGGGAAGCCUGAUCCGAAAUCGCAGCUGCAAAGUCAACACGUUUUAUGAUCCCCAGGCUGGUCAGAUACUAUAUGCUGAAGCAAUUUGACUCGGACAGAAAAGCGUUCACAAUGAAACGAAAAUGACGUUUGUUGAAUAUAAACAAUGAUUUUUUUUUUGAAAAUAUGUGAAUUCUCGGAUUUGCUAAUUUGAAAUCCAUGUGGAAUUAUGUUUGAUUUAACAAUCCAGUGUUUUGUGGCGACUUUUGUGGAAACUAACAUAUUUCUACUCAGUCAAUUUAACUGAGCAAUCCCUCAGCAUUGUCGGGGCCCGUGGCGCAGUAGUUCACACGUUCGCUUCAUAAGCGGAUGGUCAUGGAUUCGAACCCAGCCCCGGCACUUGCAAUUUUUCGUCAGUUGCUCUUCCCCCCGAGAGCAGCUGGCACCUGACCCUCUCCGGAGCAUAUAGCUCUAACGGACCCGGAAUUUGGAUAUCGGUGAAUCGCAACUCAUAAUGGACCCCCAAUCGGACAGGAAAAGGAACAGCAGCCACAUAUCAGCAUCAUCGUGCUCAUCAUUCUACCAUGGACAGGGUAGAAGAGUGAAAGAAGCACAAAGGCAACCAGUUCAAUGAAGUAGAAUAUAAUAGAAUACAUUUAGGCGCUGUACAAAGUGGAAGUACAGCGUCCAAUUGGAAUCGCUCACGUAGUACCCUAGUGGACAAAAGAACUGUAAAUAAGGUUAAGAGAUUAAAAAUAAAAAAAAUCACUCGGCGUAAAAUAGGAUUGUAAAAACUACAAUAAAUUAAUAUAAAAUCAAGCAGAGUAUUUUGAUGCAAAUAUUUUACUGAUGAAUCCCUCGGUAAUUUCUGUCAAACCAAGCAGAGUGUUUUGUUUUAAAAAGCAUUUACAACUUUUCUAAUACUGGAAAAUGGAUUGUUUUCAAGUUUUGCAAAGCUGUUGUACAUGAAAAGCAUACAAGCAACAAGCAUGUUAGUUAGUUUGUUAAUUUAUUUUCGACACUUUACACAUUAGUGUGCAUUCGUGUCGGACAAGCAUGUUGUUUUCUAAUGAUAAUAUUAUUGAAAGUAAAAGAAAACUAUUUUUUAAAGUACCAUAAUAUCGUAGAUGUCAAGCUUGACAUCCCAAGUCAAAAGCCUGAACCUAUUGUUAUUUCAAUCAGAUUUUCGAUAGAGGAACAAUAAUACAGGUUUGUAAAAACAAUCAUACGGGAUUGUAAAAACAAUCAUACAUUCUCAUUGCGGCCAAAACAAUGUCUAAUUCCUUUUGAAUUUACGUCGAAUAUGGUUAUUUUUACCGUAGAUUUUUCUGCGUUGGAUGAUUGAUACCGAUAUUGCCACUUACCUACCGAAAAUUCGGAACAUUGUUUUAUAUCAAAACAUAAGCCCGGAAAUCCGAAAUUUCCGGCACCCGCGGUGAUCGGACCGGUCUAACCAAAUAUUAUAUCGAUAGAUAAUGAGUUUGUUAGUUGAAUGAGCCAAAAAAAAUAAAAUCAGUGGAAAAUUGACGGAGAUAUGAUCAUUUCAGUUUCGUGGGUACCCCGGGUACCCGGGUACCCUGCCGGCAUUCUACGGGUGUUUUUUUUUUUUGCUGGCCACACUACGGUCAAUCGUAUCAGUUUAUCCGGGAAUCCGUAUUCGUGCAUAAUCUGUCGUAGCUGUUCUCGCUCGAUUGUAUCAUAUGCAGAUUUGAAAUCGAUGAACAAGUAAUGUGUGGGCACGUUGAAUUCGCGGCAUUUCUGCAACACCUGACGGAUGGCGAACAUCUAGUCCGUUGCAGAACGUUCACCCAUGAAUCCAGCCUGAUAUUGCCCCACGAACUCUCUUGCAAUCGGUGGUUCACGGCGGCAUAAAAUUUGUAAGUGUAUCUUGUGGGCGCUAAGCAGUGUGAUCGCGCAAUAGUUCCCGCAAUCCAGCUUGUCACCCUUUUUGUAGAUGGGACACACAAUGCCUUCUUCAAUGCAUUUCUUCACCGAUUUUUAGUAAUUCGCUUGGUAGAGGAUCUGCUCCAGCGGCUUUGUUGUUUUCAUCCGGCAAACCUCCUCUUCAAUCUCGUGGAGGUUGAGGGCUGGAAAUCUUUCAUCCUGCGCGCGUACUCCUAGAUCUGCUACCACGCCACCUUCGGUGCUUGCAACAUCACCAUUGAGGUGUUCAUUGUAAUGCUGCCGGCACCUCUUGACCGCCUCACUUUCGCUCGUGAGAAUUUCCCGUGAUUAUCUCGGCACAUGUAGGCUUGUGGCACAAAGCCUCUGCGCGAGCGGUUCAGCUUCUCGUAGAACUUUCGUGUGUCCUUAACGCGGAACAGCUCUUACAUCCCUUCGCGAUCUCGUUCUUCCUGCUGGCGCUUAUUCCUCGGGCAGACUGAGUUCUACCUGUUCCGCGCCUGUCAACACGCAGAAAAAUCUACGGUAAAAAUAACCAUAUUUGACGUAAAGUCAUACAAACCAUCCUGUAUGAUUGUUUUUAAAAUCCUGUAUUAUUGAUCCUCAAUUGGAAAUCUGAUUAAAAUAACAAUAGUUUCAGGCUUUUGACGUGGGUUGUUAAGCUUGACAUCUACAAUAUUAUGAUAGUUUCAAAAAUAGAUUUCUUUUACUUUCUAUAAUAUAUUCAUUGAAAAACAACAUGCUUGUUUUUUUUCUCUGGGUUACUAUUGUUCAUAUUAAAAAAAAAAGAUUCUCACAGAAAAAUCAGGGAAUUCCCUAAUUAAUCAAAUGUACAACUGUGUAUUCCGCAUGCCAUACUAAUUAAUGGUAAUUUUCAAUUUUCUGCUUUUCAUUUACAUCAGCUUUGCAUAACUUGAAAACUAACACUUUUCUAGCAUUAGAAAAGUAGUAAAUGCUUUGCAAAACAAAAAAUUCUGCUUGGUUUGACAGGCGAGUCCGAGGGAUUUAUCACAUACUCUGAUGGGUUUCAUGUUAAAUAUUGUGGUUUUUACAAUUCUAUUCGACGUUGAGAGAAAUUGACUUAGAAACAAAGUAGAAAUAUGUUAGUUUCCACAAGAAUCGCCAUAAAACACUGGAUUGUUAAAUCAAACGGAAUUUCACAAGGUUUUUAAAUUAGCAAAUCUGUUCGAAACUAUAAGAAUUCACAUAUUUUCAAAAGAAUAUCAACGUGUAAAUUUAACAUUCUUUAAGUUUCGCUUUAACGCUGAACGCUUUUCUGUCCGUGUACACGUGUAUACGUAUAACGUGCCUCAUUCGCUAUGCCGUAACGUAAGUAGAUCACCUUAGAAUGGUGCGUUGCGGCGUAAGAUCUAUCAAAUCAAAUUUUGAUCUUGAAAUUUUCCUGCCUGAAGUAAUCAGGAAGUAGUUUACAGAUACUCCAAGAUCAAAGUUUGAUGCACUUUUUGAUGUUUAUGUAAUAUUUUUGUUUCCAUUUUGCUGCUAAUCAACGUUUUAUUUCAGCAGGAUUCAGAUAAAUUUAUGAUAUGAUACAAAUAAUAUUGUAAAAAUAUAAACUGUGACGAGCGUGUCACUAAUAUAUAGCUUAUUCGACGUCAAUGUUAAUAUUAUCUAAUAUUUUAGAUUCUCAACCGAAAAAUCAAGUAAUUAAAAAAAUGCCGAUGACGAGGAAACCAGGACGUAUUGGGUAGAUAACUAAGCGGUCUAAUAAUGGUGUGCCUGAACGUUACCUAACCGCAUCCUUUGGAGUACCCUUCCACAAACAACACCUAGAACACCCAAGUAACAAUUCCAUUGCUGGUUGGUUUUGUUUGAUUUUUUGGAUGAAAUGUUUUAUAGUAUACUUGAAGAUAUGCAUAAAGACAGAUUUUAAGAGUAAACAAAACCCUCCGAUAUGUAAACCUUCUGGCAAUCAUUAUUACCACAAUAAAACUGUUAAAACUCUCAACAGAUGGCGAUCCGUUCGAUUAAGAACGACAUCUGUUGGUGGAAAAGCCGAAACAACGACACUGCUAGGUUUAUUGCGGCCAUCAUAAAAGUAAACUUGCUUUCGUGUUAUUUUCGCUGAUUAUGGUCGUCGCCAUAUUGAAGAAUUAGCUAACGUGAAUGGAAAAUAGUUAUUUUUGCUCAAAUUAGCAAUGAAUUGAUAGUUUGCCAUAAUUUCCAUAACGUGCUCACAUAAAUAAACUAUCUCUGCUGAGUUUUCUUGUGAUUCGCGAUAGUUUUACUAAAUUAACCAAUUGAUUUAUUUCAUUCCAAGAUGAUAAUUUUUACUAUUUUCGAAGCGCAUUAAUUUUAUGGUUCUGCAACCCCAAUAUUCACGGUAAAAUUGAAUGCGCAUAAGCCUACCAACACAAUAACUACUAAAAUAUUGCUUUAAAAUGAUCGCUUUCUACUUACGAAUGAUGCAUCCUCCUGAACUUUACGUGCCAUCGAAGAAGCUUUUCUGCAUCUUGAGCUGUCAUAGUUUUGUUGAUAAAAAAACAACAACAAUCGAGAAUGGGAAACUUCUCAACUAGGUUUUAAAACGGGUUUAUUGCUACUUCUAAUGCGGUUUGCAAAACCUCUCCGAGAGUGGUCCACUAAGCCGGAAGAUUCUCUUAAAGAGGUUAUAAAGAGGUUUUGAUGUAUAAAUCAGUUUUAUUGCAAGUUUUAAAAAUUUGGUCAUGAAGAUCUCUUGUAGAGCCGAACAAAACUUAAAAUGUUACUUGGGCAACACCCAUCCCAAGUAACAAUUCCAUUGCUGGUUGGUUUUGUUUGAUUUUUAUUAGGGUUUUAUCACAGCAAUAAUUAAAACUCACAGUUUUAUGACUGUUUUUAUGAAAACCAUUGAUGAAAUGUUUUAUUGUAUACUUGAAGAUAUGCAUAAAGACAGAUUUUAAGAGUAAACAAAGCCCUCCGAUAUGUAAACCUUCUGGCAAUCAUUAUUACCACAAUAAAACUGUUAAAACUCUCAACAGAUGGCGAUCCGUUCGAUUAAGAACGACAUCUGUUGGUGGAAAAGCCGAAACAACGACACUGCUAGGUUUAUUGCGGUCAUCAUAAAAGUAAACUUGCUUUCGUGUUAUUUUCGCUGAUUAUGGUCGUCGCCAUAUUGAAGAAUUAGCUAACGUGAAUGGAAAAUAGUUAUUUUUGCUCAAAUUAGCAAUGAAUUGAUAGUUUGCCAUAAUUUCCAUAACGUGCUCACAUAAAUAAACUAUCUCUGCUGAGUUUUCUUGUGAUUCGCGAUAGUUUUACUAAAUUAACCAAUUGAUUUAUUUCAUUCCAAGAUGAUAUUUUUUUCUAUUUUCGAAGCGCAUUAAUUUUAUGGUUCUGCAACCCCAAUAUUCACGGUAAAAUUGAAUGCGCAUAAGCCUACCAACACAAUAACUACUAAAAUAUUGCUAUAAAAUGAUCGCUUUCUAUUUACGAAUGAUGCAUCCUCCUGAACUUUACGUGCCAUCGAAGAAGCUUUUCUGCAUCUUGAGUUGUCAUAGUUUUGUUGAUAAAAAAAACAACAACAGUCGAGAAUGGGAAACUUCUCAACUAGGUUUUUAAACGGGUUUACUGCUUCUUCUAAUGCGGUUUGCAAAACCUCUCCGAGAGUGGUCCACUUAGCCGGAAGAUUCUCUUAAAGAGGUUAACAAGAGGUUUUGAUGUAUAAAUCAGUUUUAUUGCAAGUUUUAAAAAUUUGGUCAUGAAGAUCUCUUGUAGAGCCGAACAAAACUUAAAAUGUUACUUGGGAUAUCCCCUCGACACCUAAGCCUGAGAGGUCGUAGAACUUUCUACACCUUUCUUAGGUGUCUAACCAACCAACCUUUCAUAAUCCUCAGCAGUCGCAAGGACGAGGCCAGGACAACUUUCGAAUGUUGGAGGAUUGCGUCAGUCUUGUCGAAAAGUCAGAGAUAAGUCUCCAAUCUUUGUGUUUUGGUAUCCGAGAAGGAGACAAUCCUCAUAACUGUGGUUUAGGGCUGUACAUUUUAUGCCACAAAAGUUCAGCCUAUUGGACGCAGUGGCUUAAUUUCCACAACAGGGGAGGAAAAAAAAAAUAGGGCUGUACACGCAAAAAAAUCCGUUCCAAUGUACGUGAACUCUCAGUCACGGCAACGGGAACAAACGGGAACUAUGCAUAGCAACGAUAACAACCAUAAGAAAUGUACACCGUGAACUAGAUAUCACGGUUUCUAGAACGCCCAUAUUGACAGCUGGAACUAGUUCCAGUUCACGGUGUAUAUUUGCUUGUUCUCAUAUUUGCAUUUGUAUGUUCCCGUUUAUCAGAAUGGAUUUUUCCGCGUGCGACUUGCUUAAUACUAAUGUUUACUUUUUUCAGUGGUAACCAGGUAAAUGAUUAAAUCAUGACAAUUUCUCAUACGCUUUUUUGCCAAGGAAAGCAACCCUAUCCAAUUUCCAACUCCAGAUAUCUAUGAAGUGGGCCAAGUUCUUGGACAUGUUCUGAGUAGAUACCUAAUCAACAUAGCCUCCCCAUCCCCGCUGAUCGUAAGGACCUGGCCAGGUGUCGAGAGUUCGUUAAAGAAAGGUUUGUCAAGUCCCAGGCAACUUUUUUGGCGCAUUAUACGUCUCUAUCGACAGCCACCCCAGGAUGUGUGCGGUCGGCUUUGCUAUGCUAUGUGUAUAACUUGCCUCAUUCGCACUCGUACAGUGUUGCAGCAUUCUCGCCCAUGCUACAUGCUUCUCGUUUUUCAACUGUUCAUAUUCGUCGUCGAACCAGUCGUGUCUGUGAUUCGAAGUCGCGAAGCCUAGUGCUGUAGCCGAGGAACUACCUAUGGCGGAUCGGAUGUCGUGGUAAUAACUGUCGAAAGCGACUAAGUAGUGAUCUGAAUCUAUAUUCACAGAGCGGCA